AUGGCGAAUGCAUCCCAUGCAGAGGUUUACCAGAGCUUGAGUGCUGCGUGGAGCUUCUCGGACGAAAAUGAAAAGUUAUGGUGGCACAGCACCGCUCCCAUGUUCGCCCAUAUGCUACAGUCCGCAGAAUAUAUGCAACAAAGUCAAAGGCAACAUCUUGAGAUUUACAAGAGGGUCGUCAUCCCCAUGCUCGGUGCCUACCCCGUCGAAGAUCGUCCCCGCUGGAUGAGUAUCCUCACACGAUAUGGUACUCCGUUUGAACUGAGCCUCAAUUGCUCGAAGAAUAUCGUCAGCUACACAUAUGAACCCAUUUCAUUGAUGACGGGAACUGCACAGGACCCAUACAAUACAAAUGCAAUUUGGGAGGCCCUCCACCAUCUAGCAGUAUACCAACCUGGUAUCAAUCUAGAGUGGUUUAGUUAUUUUAAGAAAGCUCUUACCCUUACCUCAGAAGAAUCGGCCUUUCUUUUGAAGAAUAAUAGUCUGGUUGGCGAUCAGAUUAAGACCCAAAACAAACUGUCCUUGCAGCUCGAUAAAGAUGAUGACUUUACUCUUAAGGUCUAUAUAUAUCCUGCAUUGAAAUCACUCGUCACAAAAAGGUCUACCCAGGAUCUUAUAUUUGGGGCAGCUCAUAAUCUAACCAAAUUAUACCCUACUGUGACAAUUUCUACCCCGUUGAAGGUCCUAGAGGAAUACCUGAAGUCCCGAGCACCUAACAGUACUGUCAAGCCCUGCUUCCUGUCGUACGACUUGGUGGAACCCCCAAAGUCACGCAUCAAGAUCUAUCUUUUGGAAGAACAGGUUACACUAACAACGCUGGAGGACCUAUGGACUCUAGGUGGCCGAAGGAACGAUAACUCCACUGUAGAGGGACUCAAGGUCCUGCAGGAACUCUGGAAUCUAAUAAACCUUACUUCGAAAUUCUGCACCUAUCCAGUCGGAUAUUUGUCUCUUAGUGACACCGUGAACGAGCAGCUCCCCCUUUUGGCUGGCUAUACCAUUCACCCAGAUGAUCCUUAUCCUGAGCCUGAGAUAUACUUUCAAACAUUUGGGCACCGCGAUCAAAAGUUGGCGAAGGGGUUGAUGACCUUCUUCCAGCAGCAAGGCUGGACAAGGAUUGCAAAGUCUUAUGGAAGGGAUCUACGAGCUUGGUAG